AUGCUGGCCAUCGCGUCCUAUGAUGGCAGCACGAAUCCCACUAACCAUUUCUCAAAGUUCAACCGAUUGAUGUUGGUCCAUCGUGUCUCUGAGGAUGUCAAGUGCCACAUCUCCCCAUUAACUCUGAUGGGACCAGCCGAUGAGUGGUUCAAGAAGCAUAAGCCUAGGUCCAUCCAUUCCUGGCACCAGCUUUCUUCAUCUUUUCGAAGACAUUUCAUAGUUGCUCGGAAGGAGGAAGUGGAGAGAACCAAACAGGUCGACGAUGACCAACAGCAAAUGGUCCUAAAAGUCGGUAUCCGAGCUGGUUCUCCCCUGUGGGAUGACCUCCAAUGGAGGGGAUGCCAUAGGCUGGACGAUUUCAUUCAUCAGGCUCAAGAGUAUAUCAACUGGGAGGAUGCUCAGAUUGGGGCAUUCGGAGGAUCGAUCCCUUUCCUAGCUCUGAUGGUCUCCAACUCUUAUUGGCCUUACGUUCCUCCACGGGCGGGCCUCACAGGGCCCCAUCAGUUCGCUCCACUUGCUGGCAUUAGUGCCAUGUCCACCACUGGUUUUAGCAUUGCGUCGACGGGAUAUGGACUAGCUCCCGCCGAGUACAGUGCAUUCCAGCAUGCAUUUGGUACUAGGACAGCUUCUCCAGCCCAGUCCUUCGCACCUAGUGACGCCCUGAGUGGUAGCAAACGUGGAGGAAAAUCAAAAGGAAAGAAUCCCAGGAGAACGGGGACGCUUUCCGAGGAGAAGUAUAAUCUUCAAUAUUCUGAGUACACAAACUUAGUUGAUACUUGGGAGUAUAUAUUUCUGGCCAUGAAGCAGCAGAUUCAUUUUCGAAGGCCCCAACCAAUUCGGAGAGACGGAGAGAGAAAAGACUCAAAAAAAUUAUGUCGUUACCACAAUGACGUGGGGCACCACACUAAUGAGUGUCAGCAUCUUAAGGAUGAGAUAAAGAAUCUCAUCAAGUUAGGACACCUCCACCAAUAUGCAAAGGCCGGAGCUCAUACAUCGCAAGCUUCUGCGGCGAUACCUCCACAACAAACGAUGCCCCAUUAG